AUGGGUCGCUUCGAAGGGUUGAACGAUGACACCAAAGACCUGGUGACCUGUCUUCUCCCUGCAUUGGCCGCCUCCUUCGGCCUCUCUGACCCCGUUCACAUUAUACCUGAGGACAUACGCAUGCGUGCUUGGGACUGUGAGCGCCGCGACCACAUCAAGGCAGAGACCGAAAACGACCCGCGCAACUGGGGGGUGCAGUUCCUCAAAGACCUCAAAGCCAUCUCGCGCCUUAACAGUGGCAAUCUCACAGAGUUUCAGGAGAUUCUGCGCGGCAAAGUGGCACUGCAUGAGCCAAAGCAUCCGUGGUGCCGGCUCGCGGACAUCAAGGAAAUCAAGGACGAGUACGAGCACCCUGAAAAGAAGAACAAAGUCGUCGUUGUUGAGGAGGAGAGCAGCUCAUCGACGGACUCGUACUUUGAGGAACUAGUUGAGCCCGAUGUGCCGACUGGGAAGAAGCGGGCGCUGAAUAGCGGGAGGCAUGAGGUGUAUGAAGCGCGGGUUAUAGAGAAGCGGCGGAAACAAAAGCCGAGGCGCCUCCGACGUUCUCCCACGGGCGGCUUCCAGCGACACGAUCCUCAUGCCAAAAAGCGCCGCUCCAUGGACCCCCAUCACUCUCGCUCCAGUCGCACUCCCAUAUCCGGCCGUACUCAGCGUCAACCGCGAAUCAUGUCAUCUGACGACGAGGCCUCUGUUAAUUCGCCUGAUGCCCGAUCCCUCUAUGGUCACACGACACCUGCCUUGUCCGUCUCGCCUGGUUCUUCCACCGCUCAUGUGUAUAACAUGGAGCUGGAGCCAGCUUCAAAUGAGCCGCUUGCCGUUCAGAAGCUUCAGGCUGAACUGGAGGUUGCAGAGGCGGAGCUCAAGGCUGCGAGGCUGAGGCACCAGUAUCUUCAGGCUAAGGAGCAAGCAAAGCAGGAGGCCUUGCAUUGUGAUGACGGACAUCAGACGCUCGAGUAG